CGGAGGGCAAGAUAUAUAGUAAAGUUCACGAGGCUGAGAGAGGGUAGUUCUAUGAGGACAGUAACUUUAUGGCGACUCGUCCAGAGGGCAGAACACUCAUUGCAAAAUGGCCGUCGUGCCUCGGCAUCCCGUGUGAGUCUCGACCCGUCUCGCCACCUGGAUUUCAAGUAUACCAUCGUUGUCGACGAUCUCGGAUGAGGAAAAGAGAUACACACUGAAGAAGUGGUACAAGAAAAUCGAUCAAGCUGGCGCCAUUCAAGCUUCGUUUCUCGAAGAUGUCGAAGUCGCGAAACGGCGGCAGUAAGGGUAGCCGCAGUAACAGCACAGAAUCGGAAGAUUCUAGCCAACAGCGUUUGAUUAAUUCACCACUCCUGUCGACAUCGGAUACACUCGGAACGAACGGCAACAGUUUUGUCCUGAGAAACGAAUCGACGGUGCCGAGCUCGCCUCCGCCUUCUUAUCAGCACGUUCUCGAAGAGACGAGAAUGAGGCAAUCGGCUGAUAAUGAGGGGGAAGAGGAAAUGGACGAGGUAGAAGAGUAUACAAAAAAACAAGGACAAGCUUUGAAGAGGUACAAACCUGCUGUUAGCGGUGAAGGAGGUGGCGGUAGUGGUUGCGGUCCAGGAGGUGGAGGGAGACAGCCUGUCAAAGGGACAGAAAUUCUUCAUAAAUCGAGCAAAGAAUUUUAUAGAGCGGUUGCCAAACAAUGGGGAAUUACUUGUAAAAUGAGCGAUCAUUGCAGAUGUUUUGAUUGUCAGAGUCAUUACUUCGACUGCGAAUAUGAUAAGGAUGAGCACGGGAAAACUGACGGUGGAUUGGGCGCCGGCACGCCGAUGUUCCUUACCUCUAUGAUCCACGGCACGUCCUGUGUUCUCCUAUAAGAAGAACAAAUUUUUGCAAACCGACAAAACAAACCAUUUUUGCUUUAUCGAAGCCGAAUAUAUUCGUGUUUGCCCACAAAAAAAAAAAGAACGAAAGAAAGAAAGUAUAAAUAGUUUCUUGAAAUGGACUGAUUCAUGGAAAGAGCAUGAAGAUAUUUAAGAUUAAUUGUUAAGAGGGACAAAGACGUUGAGACGGAUAAGAAAAAGAGAAAGAGUAGUGCACUCGAGUGCACUCGACGAAAAGUCCGACUACGGGGAGAGAUUUUCGUUAAUCCGGAGGUAGAGUCAAAUUAAUAGAGAAAUAUCGAAUCUUUGGAUUUAUCUUCUGUACGCCCGCGAAAUCGGCAAUUUUCGAUUUCUCUCUCUCUCUCUCUCUCUCUCUCUCUCGCUCUCGCUCUCUCUUUAUCUAUCUGUCUAUCUAUCUAUCCAUCUGUAGAUCUAUCUUUCUCGAUCAAGAAAAAAGAUUUGCCAUAAUAACAAUUGCCUGUGUACUUACGUACAUUUGCGAUUUUUCACCGACAACUUUUAUGCGAGUUCGGUGAUCCGUAGACGAAAAAUAACACUUGUCAAUUUUUUGCUCGUGGUCUGAUUCAUACAUUAUCCUUUAGGAUAAAGACGAAGAACGCGGCAAUGUGCAAUUUGUGUAUAUUUAAUGAGAACGUAACUGAAAUCCAAUAACUCAAAGUUAAUUUUAAUAAAAUCUAAUCACGAGUUGCUACGUAGAAUUCAUUCGUUCGUGAGUUCCCAUUUUGAUUGUGAGUUUGUGUCUCUGUUAAGUACCUAUAUCAAGUCUAUAAUCAAGUCUACCAAUUUCUUUUUCUUUAGGAUAUCACACCGACUGGUUUUUUAUAGUACUCGAAACAAUUUUAUGAGAAUCUAUAAAUAAAUGGGCCUACGUUCUUUCGACGACAUAGAAAUAUAUCUUUUUGAACUAAAGUUAAGAUUCAUGAACGGACGUUCUAGUUUUCUGUGCGAUAUUAGAAGAGCAAGAGAAAAAAUUACAAAGAAGUAGAUAGAGAUAUUUACCGACUAGAAAAUAAAUACAACAAAAAAAAAAAAAUAAAUAAAUAAAUAAAUCCUGCGAUUUCCGAGAAUGUAACAUCCGAUGGAACAUCGCGACUCGAAACACAUGAAAGUAAUUUAGUAAUAUAGUAAUGAAAGAUCUGGAUCAUCGAGCAUUUGUUCGAUGGGAUGCAUGUUCCGCGAUUCGUUACAUGAGUUACGUUCAGUCGUAACAAACACGUUGUUAAAUUAAAGUGUGCGCACGAAAAAUUUGACCGAGAACGAUCGCAUUUAAACUUUCACCAUUCGUUUUCGUUCGAACGUUAAUUCUUGAAUGAACUUCUUGAGAAAAAUACGUUUUUCUUUCUCUAGUUAUACCUUUAUAUUUUAUUAUUUGUUAUGUCAUAUAAAUUUUAAUUGAAUCUACUUUUGAACUAAUAAUUAAAUCUGAUCGUUCAUGGUCUUCGCUAUGAGAAAUUCAAUCUGCCUUUAGCUAAAUAUGUCGUAAGAUUGUAACGUUUAAUACAAGAAGAACUUUACCUUUAGUUCUUCUAAGGUGAAAAGAAUUUAACUAAUGAUAUGAUAUAAUUAACGAACUGUAGUGGCGAAGAAAGAGGAUCGUCGAGAGAAGCAUAUAGUUCGAUUAUCUGAUUCCUAUCGAAUCGAUUGAGGAUCGAUGAAUUCAAAUGAAACAUAAUACAGUACCUGCCUAUUUCAGAGAGGGCCGUACACAUUGAAUGCAUUUACCAAGACGAAGCUUUAAAAGACGAGCUCGCGGAUUAAUCGGUUGAAUCUAAUGCAUUCAUUAUGUCAUGAAAUCUGUCAUCAAAAUAUAUAGAUAUAUGAAUCUAUAAAAUAAUCUAUAUAUACAUAUAUAUACACUUUCGAAUAAAGAUAUGCCAGAUACGACUUUAAAGCUCAAAUUUAUUUCUAAUCUUUAGAUGUACGUAUUAACGUUGUGUGUAUACAUGCGUGAAUAGUGUUUUCACACUAGCUCUUGAAAUAUUUACUGCUAAAGAACAAAACACGAGUACUUGAUAAAAUAGACAUUAAAUAAAUCAAAUGAAUGAACGGAUAUAAUGGAAAAAUAAAAAAAGAUUGUGCGAUCCCGCGUCUAUGGAUUGUAAAGCUUCGUUUUGAGCUCGAUGAAUUAAGAGUGUGCGUCUAAUGCUGGCCUAUUAACUUAUAUUCGUCUUUUCACAAAAAGAUUGUUCGUUUGUACCUCGCGCCGAAGGAAAUAAGGGACAUACACACACACACACACACACACAUAUAUAUAUAUAUAUAUAUAUAUAUAUAUAUUUGUGUGUGCGUGUGUGGCCCUCUAUUGCCAAAAACAAAUUUUUUGUAUAAUCGAUAUUAUAACUUUCCUACUUAUAAUUAUUGGAAAGAACACGACCACCUUGUACAACUUUGUCUUGCACUCUAUUUCGUUCGAAAUAUCUUUUUAGCUUAUGUAUGUGUGUGUGUGUGUUGAUGUAUGCAUGAUAAAAUCGGCAUGGAACAGAAUAGGCACGACCGAUGUAGUUCACCUUAAUGGCUUAUACUAGUUCAAAUAAAUAUUUCUGCAAAUUUUUUAUUUAUUUUAACUUAAUUUCAAUUAUUAGAAACUUUUGAUAUAUGUUUCAACUUUUGAAAUGACUACCAUCUUGAAACUAAAAGUUUAAUUGAAUUUUUUUUGUAUAAAUUUCAAAUUAGUCUAUUCUACUAUUACAUUUAGAUGGUUAAUUAUAAAAACAGUAUGUGUGUGCGCAUUAUACAAUUACGUACGAAUCUGCGUGCGUAAAAAUACAUUAUAUAUAAAGUUUGAUGGAAACCUUAAAGAUAGAUAAAGAUCAAGUCCAUAAAAUUUCAACAAAAUUCAUUUAUAUUAUUUAGAUUAUACCUACACAGAUACGCACAUAUAUGUAAUAAGAUUUUGAUAUAAAACGUAGAAAAUACCAGUGGUCGUGCCUAAGAAGAAUUGUAAUAGAAAUCGACGGACGGAGACUUUCGUGAUUUAAAAGAAGAGAAACCUUUUAUUGUAUAAAAGAAAAUCGAGGAAGUAAAGUAGGUUUGGACCUUUCUUCGAAUAUUCUCGAUACGAGUUACUCUAUUAUAAACAUUUUUCUUCAUCUUAUUUUUCAAAAAUAACACUCGCGAAUCUACUAGACGGCAAGUAUAUUACAAAUAUCGAUCAAGUGGACGAUUCGGAGUGCUAUACUUAUAUGUGUAAAGUAUUUUGUGCUCACGUAUGUACGUCUAACGAUAUAUAUUCUGUGUAAUCUACAAUGUGUAGAGGACAAAAAAAAAAAAUAAGAAUUAUAAAGAAAUCAUCGUUAUAGUGUAUGACUAUAAAACUUGAUGUACUUGUACAAAAACACAGCACCAAUAAACAUGGCCUAAGCAGCAUGA